AUGAAGCUCCUCGCAACUAUCCUUGCAACUGCCGCAGUUGUCUCUGCCCAUGGCUACGUUGACACUGCAAUCAUUGGUGGCCAGAACUACCAGUUCUACCAGCCCGAUCGUAUCUCUCGUCGCGUGGAGGGAAACGGACCCAUUGAAGAUGUCAGUCUGAUCGAUCUUCAAUGCGGUGGAUGGACCGCAGGUGGCAUCUCGGGCUCAGCACCCGCCAAGCUGCACGCUCCUGCUGCUGCUGGCUCUCAGGUCACCCUCAAGUGGACCCUGUGGCCUGACUCUCACGUCGGCCCAACUGUGACCUACAUGGCGCGUUGCCCUGCUUCCGGAUAUAGGGCUGUGUGGUUCAAGGUGCAUGAGCAGGGUCUGGUCAACGGUGUCUGGGGUGCUGCCCCCUUGAUGGUCAGCGGCAACAGUGGCUACAAGUUCAACAUUCCCCAGUGCCUGGCACCUGGCUACUACCUUGUCCGCCACGAGCUCAUCGCCUUGCACGCUGCCUUCUCCUACCCUGGAGCCCAGUUCUACCCCAGCUGCUUCCAGCUCCAGGUGUCGGGAUCUGGCACUGCGAACCCCACUGGGCUUGUCAGCUUCCCCGGCGCGUACACCAAGACGGAUCCCGGUGUUGUCUACAACUCGUACAUCGGACAAAAAACGUACCCCGUCCCUGGGCCCAAGGUCUUUACCUGUUAA